AUGAAUGCUGAAUUAAAGGAUUUAGAAGAUAAUGGGACUUGGACAGUCACUGUUUUGCCUAAAGGAAAAAGAGCAGUGGGAUGCAAAUAUGUCUAUAAGGUCAAGCUCAAAUAUGAUGGAAUAGUAGAAAGGCCUAAGGCCAGGAGGAAGAGGUGGAAACAACACAAUCCCCUCUGCGACGAGAACACAGGAAAUAUUACUGUGGAAAUUGAAGCAGAAGCAGGAGGAGGAGGAAGGAAGGGGAAGUACGUUGUCAGAGAUAUACCAGAAUGCCUUGAGUACUCAAGCGGUAGCAUUGGGAUGGACUCUUCGAAGCUCUAA